GGUGAUAUGGCAGUAGAUAUGUUGGCUUCAGAGGCCAGACUUCCCAACGUGUCUAUUCUAUAACUGGUCUAAGCAUGCACCACAACCUCCUUCCCAUGAACACAAUCAAUGAUUGUAAAUUCAUAAUAUAACCUUCAAAACUGUAUAAACAUAAAUAUUAUUAUUGUUUUUUCUUUAGAAUGGAAGCAAUCAAAGCUGAAAUUGAGAGAAAAAAACGCGAAUUGCUUGAAAGCAAUGUUAUGGAGCCGAAUAAAAAGUUCUUUAAGAGAGGGCAACUAAUUACAAAACAAGAAGAGGAGUACAAGAGCAAAUAUGGACUGAAGUCAAGUGAAGAGGAGGAUGUCAACAAAAAAACUGGAAAUGGAACCAAAUUGGCAGCCGAUGGUAAUUCGGAUAGUUCACAGCUGUCUCGCAGGGAGGUGAUUAGGAGGUUGCGGGAGCGAGGGGAGCCGAUACUCUUGUUUGCUGAGUCAGAAUUGGAUGCUUUCAGGAGACUCAGGCGCUGUGAAAUUCUCGAACCUGAAGUCAACAAGGGAUUUAGAAAUGAUUUCCAAGAAGCCAUGGAAAAGGUGGAAGAAGACUAUCUCGAUGAAAUUCUGGCCUCGACUACAACUGACAGUUCGAACGAUGGUAGUAAGUCCGAAGAUUUGAAACUUGUGGACAAUCAGCUGACAUAUGAUCACAUUCAACAGAUGGCGGCCAAUUUGGGGAAGGGUGACAGAAUCCUUGAUAUGGAAGUCACUAUGCAGCUCCUCCAGUUUCUACUGAAGAUGUGGGGAAAUCAAUUGAACUGCAGGUCAUCCGCUGAGAAGAUGGGAACUCGAGGGAAGAUGACGUUGGCAACAUUUACACAGACACAAAUCUACCUGAAGCCCCUUCUCAGAAAGCUCAGAAGCAAAAGUUUGCCCGAAGAUAUUUCUGAUAGUCUCACCGAAAUAACACGACAUCUGCUUGAUCGAAACUAUAUUAUGGCGAGUGAUUCAUACCUGCAGAUGGCGAUAGGUAAUGCACCCUGGCCGAUCGGAGUCACCAUGGUUGGAAUCCACGCUCGAACCGGACGCGAGAAGAUCUUCUCAAAGAAUGUGGCCCAUGUACUCAACGACGAAACUCAACGAAAGUACAUACAGGCCUUGAAGAGACUCAUGACCAAAUGUCAGGAAUUCUUCCCAACUGAUCCUUCAAGAUGUGUCGAGUAUUGUCCGCAGUCAACCGGCUGAAAAAUCUUUCUUUUUCAAUGAUUGCUGGUCUACAUAUAUGAAAGAUAUCAAGGAUUGAUUUUAAGAACCGCAUGUUGUAUAGUUCUUGAGAUGUUUGAUUGCUGGCAGUUGCAUCCUUGGACACACUACAUCACUGUCGUCGCAGCUGAUAUUUUUCAAUGAGUAUUUUAUCUUUAUGAUGUAUUCGACAGACAAAAAAUCGUAAGUAUAAUUCACUGAGAAUUCAUAUUUUACAACACUCAUUUUCAAAUUCUCAAGUUUGCGUUACUUAUUGUGUAAGUUAUAUUUUAGUGAUAAUGUACAGUUCAAUUUUCUUAUUUAAAUUAUAUUUAAAAUUAUUAAAUAAUGUACCAAUUUUGACUUUCAUUUACUUA